AUGGCCCACCGGAAGCGUCAGAACACGGCGAGCAGCAUGCUGGACCACAGGGCGAGGCCGGGCCUGGAGCCCGAGAGCGAGGAUGCGGAGCUGCCCCUGGAGGAGUAUGUGCCCAAGGGCCUGGAGCUGGCGGCCCUGCGGCCCGAGAGCCCUGCACCCACCGAGCAGGGCGGCCAUGACCAUAGCCCCGACGGGGACUCCAGCUCCGACUAUGUGAACAACACCUCCGAGGAGGAGGACUAUGACGAGGGCCUCCCCGAGGAAGAGGAGGGCAUCACCUACUACAUCCGCUACUGCCCCGAGGACGACAGCUACCUGCAGGGCAUGGACUGCAACGGGGACGGCUACCUGGCCCACGACGGGCGCCACCUGGAGACGGACGAGUGCCAGGAGGCAGUGGAGGAGUGGACGGACCCAGCAGGCCCACAACCGCACGGCCACGGGGACCAGGGCAGCCCCGGCUACCGGGACGGCCACCUCCCCACCCCAGAGGUUGAGGCCUCUAUGCUGGAGGCCCAGGACCAGGAAGAGGGCGUCCACUACUGUCCCGGAGAAGAGGCCUACCAGGACUACUACCCUACUGAGGCCAAUGGGAACGAGGGCAGCGCGUCCCCGUACCGCCCGAGGCGCGGGGACGGGGACCUGGAGGACCAGGAGGAGGACAUCGACCAGAUCGUGGCCGAGAUCAAGAUGAGCUUGAGCAUGAGCAGCAUCACCAGUGCUGGCGAGGCCAGCCCCGAGCGCGCACCGCUGCGGGCGCCUGAGCCGGGGCCCGGGGACUCCUCGGAGGCCUGCCCGCCUGCCGAGGCCAGCCGCGGCCCCAGCAGACACGAGGGCAGGCCCAAGUCCCUGAACCUCCCUCCCGAGGCCAAGCACCCCGCAGACACCCAGAGAAGCUUCAAGACCAAGACCAGGACUCCCGAGGAGAGGCCAAAGUGGCCCCAAGAGCAGGUUUGCAAUGGUUUGGAGCAGCCGAGGAAGCAGCAACGCUCUGAUCUCAAUGGCCCUGUUGACAAUAACAACAUUCUAGAGACGAAGAAGGUGGCAUCAUUUCCAAGUUUUGUGGCUGUUCCAGGACCCUGUGAGCCAGAAGACCUCAUCGAUGGGAUCAUCUUUGCUGCCAACUACCUGGGCUCCACCCAGCUGCUCUCGGAGCGGAACCCAUCCAAAAACAUCAGAAUGAUGCAGGCACAGGAGGCCGUCAGCCGGGUCAAGAGGAUGCAAAAGGCUGCUAAAAUCAAGAAGAAAGCGAAUUCUGAGGGGGAUGCUCAGACGCUCACCGAAGUGGACCUCUUCAUCUCCACCCAGAGGAUCAAAGUGUUAAACGCAGACACACAGGAGACCAUGAUGGACCACGCCCUUCGCACCAUCUCCUACAUCGCGGACAUUGGGAACAUCGUGGUGCUGAUGGCCAGGCGCCGCAUGCCGCGCUCAGCCUCCCAGGACUGCAUCGAGACCACCCCCGGGGCCCAGGAGGGGAAGAAGCAGUAUAAGAUGAUCUGCCACGUGUUUGAGUCCGAGGACGCUCAGCUCAUUGCCCAGUCCAUCGGCCAGGCCUUCAGUGUGGCCUACCAGGAGUUCCUGCGGGCCAACGGCAUCAACCCCGAGGACCUGAGCCAGAAGGAGUACAGCGACAUCAUCAACACCCAGGAGAUGUACAACGACGACCUCAUCCACUUCUCCAACUCGGAGAACUGCAAAGAGCUGCAGCUGGAGAAGCACAAGGGUGAGAUCCUGGGUGUGGUGGUGGUGGAGUCGGGCUGGGGCUCCAUCCUGCCCACCGUGAUCCUGGCCAACAUGAUGAACGGAGGUCCAGCUGCCCGCUCGGGGAAGCUGAGCAUCGGUGACCAGAUCAUGUCCAUUAACGGCACCAGCCUGGUGGGGCUGCCGCUCGCCACCUGCCAGGGCAUCAUCAAGGGUCUGAAGAACCAGACACAGGUGAAGCUCAACAUCGUCAGCUGCCCGCCGGUCACCACCGUCCUCAUCAAGCGGCCGGACCUCAAGUACCAGCUGGGCUUCAGCGUGCAGAACGGCAUCAUCUGCAGCCUCAUGCGCGGGGGCAUCGCGGAGCGGGGCGGCGUCCGUGUGGGCCACCGCAUCAUCGAGAUCAACGGGCAGAGCGUGGUGGCCACGGCCCACGAGAAGAUCGUCCAGGCACUGUCCAACUCGGUGGGAGAGAUCCAUAUGAAGACCAUGCCUGCCGCCAUGUUCAGGCUCCUCACAGGCCAGGAGACCCCGUUGUACAUCUAG